GCGCAGUGUGUAUCGACGGCCCGAGCGCCUAGGCGGGAGGUAAGGGGCUGACGGGCUGCCGCCACGGGGGCGCUGGGCUGCGAUGUGUCACCGCGGGCCGGGCGGCAGACUCAAGGGCGAGGCGCCGGUCACCAAGCCCGGCUUCGGGUGUUUGUGUAUGAGAGAAGAGAGCUGCUGCAAAAAGGAGUGGCUCAACAGCCUUCAGGAUGUCAGAAGUUGAAGAAAAGGUGAAGUUACGUAGGCUUGAGCCAGCCAUACAGAAAUUCACUAAAAUAGUGAUUCCAACAGACCUGGAGAGGCUAAGAAAACACCAGAUAAAUAUUGAGAAGUACCAACGGUGCAGAAUUUGGGACAAAUUGCAUGAAGAGCACAUCAAUGCAGGGCGCACUGUUCAGCAACUGCGCUCCAAUAUCCGAGAAAUGGAGAAGCUUUGCUUGAAAGUACACAAGGAUGAUCUGGUCCUUUUGAAGCGAAUGAUAGAUCCUGUCAAGGAAGCAGCAGCAACAGCUACAGCGGAGUUUCUCCAGCUCCACUUGGAAUCUGUUGAAGAACUCAAGAAACAAGUCAAGGAUGAAGAAGUGUUGCUGCAGCCUUCUCUGACCAGAUCCACAACUGUUGAUGGAGCGCUCCACACUGGGGAGGCUGAAGCUGCUUCUCAGAGUCUGACUCAGAUAUAUGCCUUGCCUGAAAUUCCUAGAGACCAAAAUGCUGCUGAGUCCUGGGAAACCUUAGAAGCGGACUUAAUUGAGCUUAGCCAACUGGUCACUGAUAUGGCCCUCCUAGUGAAUUCUCAGCAGGAGAAGAUUGACAGCAUUGCAGACCAUGUCAACAGUGCCGCUGUGAAUGUUGAAGAGGGAACCAAAAACUUGCAGAAGGCUGCAAAAUACAAGCUGGCAGCUCUGCCUGUGGCAGGUGCACUCAUCGGAGGAGUGGUGGGGGGUCCCAUCGGCCUCCUCGCAGGCUUCAAAGUGGCAGGAAUUGCAGCUGCACUUGGUGGUGGGGUGUUAGGCUUCACAGGUGGAAAAUUGAUACAAAGAAGGAAACAGAAAAUGAUGGAGAAGCUCACUUCCAGCUGUCCAGAUCUCCCUAGCCAAAGUGUCAAAAAAUGCAGUUAAAGCCCAGGCUUCCAGCUGGCGCUGUGCACCCGACCUAAGGAACAGUUGCUGCUGUUGGAAGUGUUAGCAAGCGGCUCUCACUGUCCUUGUGGUGUUGAACCACCAUGAGUGGACUUGUCUGUUUGCUGGGUGUGAAUGGAGAUUUUAGAGGUGGAGGAGCCUGGGCAGAGAGGGUGUCUGUCAGAUCAAGUUUAAAGACUGCCAAAGAGCAAAGGUUAGGCCUGGAAAUGUGAAAACUAGAUCUAUAACUCUAAGGAUCUAAGAUGUGUAGACAUGUAUUGGACACCUAAGGGUCAGUGUAUUUGUAGAUUAUUUCUUCCUAUAGGGAGGAACAGAAUGUGAGUUCAGGAAUCUUUCUGUCAGGUAGGGAUGUUGCUGGUCACCAGGGGGCACAGGUGAACUACCUGUGGACUUAAGGGCUGUUGUACUUAGAUCCAUCUAUAUUUUCUGGGGAAGGAAAUUAACACUAUAAAUAGAAAGAGAAGCCUAUUUUCUCUUUACAGUCUCUUGAUAGUGACAAGGGUGGUUUUUCUGAAGUCUUUCCUGCCUCUCCAGAUAAGGAGCACAGAACCUCACAUGCUAGACCUACUAAACCAGCCAUCAAGCUGGCGAUUCUGAAAACUAUCUGCUUUUAGAGUAAAUCCUACCCAUGUUAUAAGGAUUUUUCUCAUAAUCUGCCUUUUUAUAUAGUUUUCCAUCUCUAGCUACCCCUACCUGUAAUCUCUUUAGUUGGAAAAAGAAAAAUUAAAUAUUUCCAACAUUAUUUGGGUUAAGGGGAGUAUAAGAUCAUAUCACAGGACACUUUAGAAGGGGCUGGCAUACCUGCCUCAAGGGAUGGAGGCCCUCAGUCUUCUUGGGGCUCCAGGAAGGAGCUUUCUACCUCACAUCUGAUACUGCUGCCCUUGCCCAGGCCAGAUGUCUCCCCUCCUGCCGCUGUUCCUCCCAGUGUUCACCCUUAAAGUCUCUCACAUUCUAGAUGGCCAAAUCCACCAUUCAGACCCAAGGAAAGAUCUGUGGUGCUAACCCAGCAGUUGACAUGGACAGCAGGCCUGGUCCAGUUCAACUCCAUGUCUGUCUCAAAACAGGAAGGUUUAAGAUUUAGAGGAAAGGAAUAGGAAGAAGCCGCUGGUCCCUCAACUCUUACGUCUUCUGAGGAGAGUGCACCAGCAGCCAGAGCCCAGAUUCAAGGGCCGAAGGGUUACCACUUAGCUUUUGAAGUGCUGAGUUGAUGCUUGACCUCUGUGCGUUGCUACCUUUCCCUCCGUUACAGCUUCCAUCCUUCAAUGCUUUUUACCAGUGCACUCCUAUGAAUCAAAGCACUACACCGUAUUAAAAGAUCAGAAAGCA